GUGAGGAUAGGGUGGGGGAGAGAAAGUCCUUGUAAAAGAGAAACUAAGAAGCAGUGUAAGCAGUAAGCUAAAAAGGAAAAGUUUGCAGUACAUUUGUUGCAGUACAUUUAAGCACAUGGCACAAGACAGCCAGGAACACAGGAGUACAAGGGAACUGGAAGAGCAGAUUCAUUUACAAAAGAAGAAAGUAACACAGAGAGAAAAUGUGACAAGAGAAGCAGAGGGAUCUGCUAAGAUGUCCAAAUCUCAGGGGUGGUGUUAUAUUUUGGCUUUCAUUAUCCUGCUGGUCCUGACUGCGCUGAUCUCAGUUACUGUGGUAUUAGUCAGGCAACAGAAGGCGGGCUGUAGAGGGGGAUUUCUACAUGGAGCUGUGGCUGCGGACUCCUUGGUUUGCUCUAAAAUUGGCAGGGACAUCUUAAAAGAAGGAGGGUCUCCAGUGGAUGCUGCUAUUGCUGCUUUGCUAUGUACUUCAGUGAUAAACCCACAAAGUAUGGGACUUGGCGGAGGUGUUAUUUUCACCAUAUAUAAUGCUUCUACAGGACUGGUAGAGGUUAUCAAUGCCCGUGAAACUGUUCCCAAGAGUUCUACGCUAGACCUUACACAAUGUAAAGGAAUAAACUCCAUCUUCAAAACAGGUGCCCAGUGGAUUGGGGUGCCUGGGGAGCUUCGUGGUUAUGAAGCUGCUCACCGGAGACAUGGCCGCUUACAAUGGAAAUCACUAUUUCAACCAACAAUCAACCUGGUGGCAGAAGGGGUGAAACUCUCAUCUGUUACAAGCAAGUUUCUUAAAUACCCACAAAUUGAAAGUAAUAUUCGAAAGCACUCAGUUUGCACGCUGCUUUGCAAGGACCAGGAUCUGGUGAAUGAAGGUCAGUUUCUCAACUUCACUCAGCUGGCUCACACUCUGCGUGUAGUGUCAGAGAAAGGAGCAGAUGCCUUCUAUCAGGGGCCUAUAGCAGAACAAAUGCUGGAGGAUCUACAGAGUCAAGGAAGUAAUUUGACACUGGAUGAUUUCACAAAUUAUAAAGUGCAAAUAGGAAGAGCUCUGAAUAUGUCAUUGGCAAAUCACACAUUGUACUCUGCACACCCGCCAUCAGGAGGAGCUUUGCUCAGUUUUAUUCUCAAAGUUCUAGAAGGGUAUAAAUUUUCUGAGAGCUCCAUUCAAAAUGAAGAAGCACAGAUAGAGACUUACCAUCGUAUUGCUGAAGCCAUGAAAUUUGCUAAUGGGCAGAAGAUGAAAAUGGCAAACUCUGCAUUGAAACAGAUGGAAGAGCUCACUGCCACCUUAUUGUCGGAGAGAUUUGCUCAGCAGAUCCGGGAUCAGAUUGAUGAUUAUGGUAAUCAUUCGCUGAGUUAUUAUUCUCUGAAUAUACCACAUUCAGAGUCCUUCGGCACUUCUCAUAUCUCUGUCAUAAGCGAGGAUGGGAGUUCAGUAUCCGUCACCAGCUCCAUCAAUCAAAUAUUUGGUUCCAUGGUUUAUUCCCCACAAACGGGAAUCAUAUUUAAUAACCAGCUGGCAGACUUUUGCUCUGGAGCAAAAGCCAUCAGUACAGGUGAUCGCCCUCCAUCUUCUAUGGCUCCCAGCAUCCUCUUGUCCAAUGACAGGAAAUCUCAGUUGGUUAUAGGUGCAUCUGGAGGAAGUUACAUCACAAGCGCCACAGCUCUGGCUAUUGUAAAUACACUUUGGUUUGGAGCCAACCUGAAGAAAGCCAUCUCUGACCCCAUCCUCCAUGUCAGGGAAGAUAAUAAGGUUGUCUUUGAAAGAACAUUCAGUAAGGAUGUGCAGAUAGGGUUGCAAAAAAGAGGACACCUGACUGACCCUUCUUCAGUUUUCUUCAAUGUGGUCCAAGGAGUACAUAAAAAGGAUACUUGCCUGCUUGCAUAUUCUGAUCAAAGAAAAGCUGGGGAAGCUGCAGGGUAUUAGGCCAUAUGGAGAGACAAGGUGCAUCAAAAGAAAGAUAACUGGCUUUUCCCUGAUAGGUGCAGGUAACAUCCUUGUUUUUAUCAACAAGGAAUAAAAUACAAACCAAUGGACCUGAGAAGAGAAGCCCAUCUAUGAAGUUCACAUAACAAAAAAUGUUUGACACCUCCAUAUAUGUUCAUUGCUGUUUUGUUUUGCUCAUUUUUUGUUCUCUUCCUUUCCUCCUCAUUCAUUGGAUGUAUUCUCUUUGUAUUCUCGUUGUCUCCAUUUUCUUGUCCAGUUCUCUGCUUUCAGUGUAGACUGUCCCAUUCACUUCUGGUUUCCUUGAUUUCUGUUAAACAUCUUUUUCUUCUCUUCUUUACCUUCUGUUUAUGCUGCUCCCCCCUUUCUCACUGUUAUGCUUUAUUUUUCUGUGUAGGACUAGGUCUGCUAGGGCCAAACAACAAACCUGACAUCCAAGCCAACAAUUAGAUGGAAACAGGACUAAAUGGUAUAGAUGUUUCAUAUGCUUAAUGUGAAAAUAAGGACUGGGGUCCUUAGGGGAAUAUUCUGGAAUCUGCAUGGUACUUGCUGGUAAAUUUGUAAGAACUCUUCCUCUGGCCUCAGCCUGCUCCUGAUCCACUUCUAAUCCUCCCAUGCCCACUUCCAACCCACCCCCAUCCGCUUCCAAUCACCUCUUCCAGGUCGGCCCUAUACCUGAGUUACCCACUUAGUUUACUUGACAUGUCCUGUGACAUUACAACUCCACACUUGAUUUCAUUGGCCUGCCCCUUCACAAACACACCCUGGCCGGUAUUAAAAUGGACAAAAGGUGGCGCCCCCUAAUAACAAUUGAUGCAGUCAGGCUUGCAUUUUGGCAUGAAUCAGCCACAAUAGUGCUAAAAAGAUGGUAGAAGUAAUUUUCAGCAUUCGAUGUGAGAGUUCGUAUGUGGCAGAUUAUCUCUAGGUCACUGUGGGUACCCUGAAGCUAUUGCUUGGUUUGAAAGUGGUGGAACCUCUAGGUUAAUAGGCACAACAUUGCUUAAUUCACAACAGGCAGAAUGCAGUGUAACUAUACAGAAGUGCAAGGAGCUCAUAUCAAUACAAGUAACUUAAAUAAAUGGGAUUGUUUAUGCAAACAAUUGUGGGGAAAUGUGUGCAGUGCAGUAAGCAAAUGAUCCCUGUUGACAGUGUUAUCAGGUGCUGGUAUGUAAUUUAAUAAUAGGGUUUCUCUUGGAAUAUGCAGUGUACCUUUGGAGAAAUAUGGCAUCCAGAAUAAGUGCAGCAGUGGCAAAGUUGUUGAACAACCAAUUAAAAAAUGGGUCCAGGAAUUGUUUCAGAGCUGGAUACAUUAGCAGUAGGGGUUCA